UAUGAUAGGACUGCACGGCUGCAAUAUCUUCAGACCGGAGCGCGCGCGCGUGGGGCGCACACAGUUUAUCAGAGGAACGACACGCUUUCACCGUCCGGUAUAAAAGUCACUUUGAGCUCGAGCCAGCAACUGCUACAAAAGAGGUGAAAAUGGCUGAGGACAUUAAGACCAAACUUGAAAACUACCGAACUGCUCCUUUUGAUGCCAGAUUCCCCAACCAGAACCAGACCAGGAACUGCUGGUCCAACUACCUGGACUAUCACCGCUGCCAGAAAGCUCUGACCGCCAAAGGAGAAGACACCAUGCCAUGUGAAUGGUACAGGAGGGUCUACAAGUCACUCUGCCCCAUGUCCUGGAUCCAGAAAUGGGAUGACCAGAGAGAAGAGGGAACCUUUCCAGGAAAAAUCUAAGAUUGUCAUCUUCAAAGCUGUUGAACUGCAAAGAUGUAAUCUUUUCAGCUAAAUGUUUGUGUAUGUGGUGGGAGACCAUGUGGCUCUAUCACCACCUUUCCUCUACUGGUGCUCUGUCCCAGGAGUACACUGCAACUGAAUGGUCAUUCCCUACAAAUUUCAAAAAAUGUACAGUGAAUUCUGCAUUAAAAUAUCUCAGGAUAUAUUUAUGGA